CUUCUCUGCAAUCUUUCAUCUCUCUCCUCCCCCAUAAUAUUUUUUUUUUAAAACGAAAGAAUCGAAGUCUCUCUCCGUCGCCGGAAAAUACUCUCCUCAAGAAUUCGAGGAGACCAUUCGAAAAAAAAAAUCUAAAUCUAUUCUAGCUCAAGACAAGUUGUUAUUAAACUAGUCCAAAGACGAUGAAGGAUAGGGAUGACAAGUACGAGAAAGCUGAGAGAGGUUCAACAAAGAUCUUGCCCAAGACUGUUUUACUGAUUCUACUAUGUGGGCUCUCUUUCUAUCUUGGUGGACUUUACUGUGGGAAGAACAAACUCCAAGUCAAUGACGUUGCAAAAGCUGGAUCAUCCUUGGAUGUUGUUAACUCUCCUCAAGCCAAUGCUGUUUCUUUCCCGGAGUGUAGCAGUGACUACCAAGAUUACACUCCCUGCACGGAUCCUAGGAAAUGGAGGAAGUAUGGCACUCACAGGCUUACUUUCAUGGAACGUCAUUGUCCUCCUGUGUUUGAUAGAAAGCAAUGUCUGGUCCCUCCUCCUAAUGGUUAUAAGUCACCUAUAAGAUGGCCUAAGAGCAAAAACGAAUGUUGGUACAGGAAUGUGCCAUAUGAUUGGAUCAACAAGCAGAAAUCAAACCAGCAUUGGCUGAAAAAAGAGGGUGACAAGUUUCAUUUCCCGGGUGGUGGUACAAUGUUUCCUAAUGGAGUUAGUGCUUAUGUCGAUUUGAUGCAAGAUUUGAUCCCUGAGAUGAAAGAUGGGACUAUACGAACUGCCAUCGACACUGGUUGUGGGGUUGCAAGCUGGGGAGGAGAUUUAUUGGACCGUGGUAUCCUCACGGUGUCACUAGCUCCACGGGAUAACCACGAGGCACAAGUCCAGUUUGCUCUAGAACGUGGCAUCCCUGCCAUUCUCGGCAUCAUUUCGACUCAACGUCUCCCUUUCCCUUCAAACUCAUUCGACAUGGCUCAUUGCUCAAGAUGCCUUAUUCCAUGGACUGAGUUUGGUGGAGUUUAUCUCCUGGAGGUACACCGUAUCCUAAGACCCGGUGGCUUCUGGGUCCUAUCCGGUCCACCGGUCAACUACGAGAACCGCUGGAAAGGAUGGGACACGACCGUCGAAGCGCAGAGAACAAACUACGAGAAGCUCCAGGAUCUCUUAACCUCGAUGUGCUUCAAAAUGUACGCUAAGAAAGACGACAUCGCGGUGUGGCAGAAAUCUCCGGACAACAAGUGCUACGACAAGCUGUCUAACGACCCCGACGCGUACCCGCCGAAAUGCGACGACAGCCUCGAGCCGGACUCUGCUUGGUACACUCCCAUACGCCCUUGCGUGGUGGUCCCCAGCCCUAAGCUUAAGAAGACGGGUUUGGAGUCUACUCCCAAAUGGCCUGGGAGGUUGCACUCGACACCCGAGAGGAUCUCUGACGUCCCUGGAGGAAACGGCGGGUUGUUUAAGCGGGACGGUAGCAAGUGGAAGACUAGGGCUAAGCAUUACAAGAAGCUGUUGCCUGCUGUUGGGUCUGACAAGAUAAGGAAUGUGAUGGAUAUGAACACUGCUUACGGUGGUUUGGCUGCUGCUUUGGUCGAUGAUCCUUUGUGGGUGAUGAACGUUGUGUCGUCUUACGCUGCGAAUACGCUUCCCGUUGUGUUUGAUCGUGGAUUGAUUGGAACAUAUCACGACUGGUGUGAAGCUUUUUCGACGUAUCCAAGAACUUACGAUCUUCUUCAUGUUGAUGGUCUGUUUACAUCUGAGAACCAAAGGUGUGAUAUGAAAUAUGUAAUGUUGGAAAUGGAUAGGAUCUUGCGUCCUAAUGGGUAUGCGAUUAUACGCGAGUCUAGCUAUUUCGUGGAGAAUAUAGCAUCGGUUGCUAAAGGACUGAGAUGGAGUUGCCGUAAGGAGAAAACAGAGUCUGAGUCCGAGAACGAGAAGCUCUUGAUUUGCCAGAAGAAGCUUUGGUAUUCAUCUAACGCAACGUCAGAAACAAAAUAGUAGAAGAAAAAAAAGCUUGAGCUUAAAGCUUUUGUCUUGUCCGGAGGUUUCUUGAGAACAAAGUCACUACAACAAAGCAUCGGUUCUUUGUAUCGCUUUAAAGCCAAGAAAGCUUUUUAAAAGCGGCUGCCAAUUAUUAUUUUGUUAUCCCAGCAUAUUUAUCAACUUUUUCGAUUUUUCUUAUAGUAUAUGCUUGGUGAGAUAUAUUAUUGAUCUUUUGUUUAAACUGUAAUUUUAAAUUGUCGAUUUCUCCAACGUUAGGUAUAUUGAUUUGUGAUACAGUUGUAUUGUUUUACACGUUAAUGAGUUGGUGGUCCAUUAAUCCAUAUUACAAAUAUUUUGAUUUUUAUCUUA